CCGUCACAGUUCAACGGUACCGAAAUCAACAGUCAGCGCGCCGGUCACUGCCUGCCGCCCCCACAAAACUGUUCGUUCAGUAUCGAUCCCGUUGCUGCCGCGGGUCGGCCGCAAGGAAAUCGAUUGAAAAGUUUUUGCGUGAAAAAAUGGAACUUUUGCAAGUGCUGUUUCUCGCCCUGGUGCAGCUGCUCGGUUCGAGUCGGGGCGAGGACACGCGGGUUUGGGGACCGGGCCUGGAACUGGCCGACAAGCUGCCGCUGAAUGCGAGGUAUUUCUUCGUGGAGUCUCGGGACGGUGCGGGGAGUAUAGUUCCUCAGCAAUAUCGGGUGUUGUUCAAGGGGCACUCUAGGAUUGGGUCAUGCCGGGUUAAGAUUGAGCAGAUUGACCGGGUCGAUGGCUCGUCUAUCAUUCGGUACAAGCUGAUGGAAACGUGCUGGAACGUGGAGAUUCACGUGCUUCUGGGAGAGCGGCAUUUGGGACAGUCGCCUUAUAGGUUUGAGGGCAAGCUGUACACGGAAAACUGCUACUGUCCGCAGGCACCGCUGGAAGAUUGGAUGGAGCAGAUCGGGUGUCCCAGUGAGGACGUCCAGAUCAACAACGAUUUGAUUCCGUUUCGGGCGGUGAAUUUCUCUAGUUUGCGACCACGGAUCAUUCAGCAGUACGACAAACCGGGCUCGGUUUCGCUAUGUAAUUACGUGGUCAAGGACAAUCAAAUCUAUCGAACCUGUUACGGUCGGUACACCGGUUUCAAGAUGUACAUGGACGCGAUAUUGCUCUCGUUGGCGAGGAAAACGCUUCUCCCGGAUAUGGAGCUUUUUGUGAACCUCGGCGAUUGGCCACUCGUCACCAAAGGAGGUCACCGAAGGACAACCGGACCGUACCCGAUCUUUUCCUGGUGCGGCAGCGAAGACACUUUCGACAUCGUGAUGCCGACGUACGAUCUCGUUGAAGCUUCCCUCGAGGCCAUGAGUCGAGUUUCUCUCGAUAUGCUCUCGGUUCAACGGAAGGGCGUUCCUUGGGAGGAGAAGGUUCCGAAAGCGUUUUGGCGAGGUCGGGACGCGUGCCGUGAGCGGCUCGACCUAGUCGGACUGUCCCAGCAACAUCCGGAUCUGGUGAACGCCUCACUGACGAACUUUUUCUUUUUCCGGGAUGAAGAAAAGAAAUACGGUCCGAAGGUGGCGCACAUUUCCUUCUUUGACUUCUUCGACUACAAGUACCAGGUCAACGUGGACGGAACGGUGGCGGCCUACCGGUUCCCGUACCUGCUCGGCGGAUCGUCCGUCGUUUUCAAGCAGGCAUCCAAGUAUUACGAGCACUUUUACAGCAAACUCGAGCAGGGAAGGGAAUAUUUGCCGCUGAAGCGUGAUCUGUCCGACUUGAUUGAAAACAUCCAGCGGGCAAGACAGCAAGACGACGAGAUGAUUACAGUUCGGGACAACGCGAAAGCCUUCGUCGAUCAGCACCUGCUGCCGCGAUCGAUUCUGUGCUAUUCCGGGCUGUUGUUCAAGGAAUACAGUCGAAACAUCGUUAGUCCCGUGCAGAUUCUUCCCGGAAUGGAACAGGCCAGCCAACCGGGGACAUCUUCAAACUGUGAGUGUGAUUCCGUUGAGGGAAAUAACCACGACGAACUGUAAAUUUGUAAGCAUUUCCUAAUACGUUUAAGAGUUUAGAUUGUUAGUUGAAUCUCUCGCUGUAGACAGCACUAUCCCUAUUAGAAUUACCGAAUAAAGCCAACCUCGGACGUUCGGAUCCAACACAAAA